AUGGCUACUCCGAAUGGUGUUCACGCACCAUCGAGUGCUUUUAUAGAGCCGAAGUUUACAAGUGAUCAUCAGUUUACAUUAUUAAACAGUGAAGAACUUCGAUCAAAAAAUCGUGAACAAUUAAUAGAAAAACUUGAACGUGUUGUUCAAGAAAAAAAUGCUUCCAUUACUAAAUUAGAAGAACGUGAAUCAUACUUAGAAGAUUUACUUAAGAAGAAAAAUGUAGAAUUUCGUGCACUUGAAGAACAGUUACGACAGUAUGAAGGAAAGACACAAACAUUUGAACAAUUACAUCAAUUACAAGUACAUACUUUUGAAAAAACAAUACGUGAUUGUCAAAUUGAAAAUGAACGUUUAUAUGAACAUAUUAAUGAUCUAACAAAACAAUUAAGAGAGAAAUCUGAUUUUGAAGCUAUCAGUCAUGAAAAAAUUAUGACAUUUGAUCGUAUUGCUGCUGAUACACAACUUUGGCGUCAUAAACUUGAUUCCUAUAAAUCAACAGUUGAAAAUCAUGAAGAAACUAUUGCUAAACUUAGAAAAGAAAUCAGUGAUUUAUCGAAGAAAAAACAAACAAAUGGAGAUUUUGAAGACAAUUCAUUAAAAGUACACAUUGCAACCCUUCAAAAUGGGCACUUAUCUCAUGACAGCCGUUGGCAAAGUUGUAAUGAAAAUAUUGGACGAAAUUCAUCUACGGGAAAACCAACUCGAUCUUCAUCUCAAAAGAAACGUCGUCCAUCUCCACCAAUUCGAGAUGAAUCUCCAACAUCAUCUCCAUUAGAUAUUGAAUAUUUAAAAAAGAAAAUUCAUACGUUAACAGAUCGUUUAGCUAAUGUUCAACAGUUACUUGUUAAACGUGAUGAUCAAAUAGUUACAUUAAAAAAAGUUCAUGAUAAACGUUGGUUACGUCUUAAACAUUUACAAAAACAAUAUCGUUCAAUUAAAGAUGAAUUACAAUCAUAUACUGAUGAUGAAAUAUUACAAAAAAGUACUCCUAAUAAUUAUUUUUAUGGUCGAGUUAUAAGAAAAAAUAAAGUUGGCUGUUCAGUAUGUGAUGAUCAACAACGAAGAAAACCAGCAGGUUCGAAACGAAAAGUACUUAAACAUGAAGAUGAUGAUAAUGUUUGGAAUGAAGUAACAAAAUUAAGACGAGAGAAUGCAAAAGUAGUUAACGAAAAUGUAAGUUUACAAGAAAAAGUUGAUUUACAAGAAAUUGAAAUCAAUGAACAAACAAUUGUUAUUGGUGAACUUCGAAAUGAAAUUCAAUUAUUAAAUGAUAAAGAUGAACUACGUCAAUCAAAAAUUUCAUCUCCAUUAAUAACUAAAUCAAGUGAUGAUCAACAACGUUUAAUUGAAGAAUAUGAUAAAAAAUUAUAUGAUCUCGAAACUGAACGAACAUGUUUAAUAUUUGAACAAGAACGUUUAAAAACUAGUCUUGAUUUAUGUAUUGAUGAAAAACAACAUCUAAUUCAACAACGAACACAAACAACGAGUGAAUUAAAAAAAUUUAAACUUCGUAUAUUAGCAUUACAAGAUCAAAUUCAUAAAUUAAAACGAAAUAAUCAAUUACCAAAUAAAAAAAAUAUUAUUAAACCAUCAUUAAUUAAAAAGAAACGAAUAAUUAAAAAGAAUCCAAAUAAAUCAUGUUUAGAAAUGUUAUUAGAUCUAAAUCCAUCUCCUAGAUAUGCUGAUGAUCUUCCAAAUGAAUCAUCUGCUCGUUAUCGAGUAUCAUCAGCUAAAUCAGAAAAAUUUAAUACGAAUCGAUGGCGACGACAACAACACUAUCGUGCAUGCAGUCUUUGUGAUUAUCAUACAGAAGCUUCAUUCAUGAAACGUAAAAAACGACCAUCAAUAUCAUCAACAAUGCCGAAAAAGAAAUAUACUCCAUUAAAGAAAAAUGCUAACAAUAAAGUUCGUUUAGCAAAUUCUUUUCAACGUGAUCCAUAUUCACAGUAUGCAAGAAAAUGUUCAAUACCUCAAUCAAAAAAAAAAUGUCCAACUAGAAUUGGAACAAUGCGUAGACGUAUUGAAGAAUUAGAAAUGGAUCUUACAAAUGCUAGAGAUGAAAAUGCACAUCUUAAUCAACGUUUAACAACAACACUCAAUCGAGUUAAUAUUCUUAAAGCUACAAAUCAAAGACUUCUUAAUGAAAGUGAUAGAGCAAAGCAUGAUCAACUUCUUCAAUCAACAUUAUCUUUAAAUGAAAAUCGACGUAGUGAUUCUUCAACUUCGGAUAGUAGUGAAACUAUUGAAAAUUUAUAUGUUCGUCUUAAAAAUACAUCAUUUGAUGCUACUCGACAACGUAAAUUAAAUAAAACUUUACAAGAAGAUAAUGAAACACUUACAAAAAAUCUUCAAUCAUUAACUGACAAAUUAACACACACAGAACGUGAUAUAGCAAGUAAACGAAGUUUAAUUGAAAAUUAUAAAACACGAUUAACUGACAUCGAAACAAAUGGAAAUCGUGCACAUGAAAAAUCUACACAUGAAAGUGAUGAAGAACGAAUUAAAGCACUAACAGAAACAAUGGACAAAUUACGAGUUUCACUCGAUUCCUAUAAGAAUCGUUUACAAGCUGUAUCGCGAGAAAAACAACUUCUUGAGACACGUUAUGAACAAACCCUUGAUGAACAUCAAAAAUUAAAAAUACGAUAUGAAGAUAUUCAAACAAAACAUCGUUUAAAUGAACAACAACUUCGACAACAUCGUCUUAAUCAUGAACAUAUAAAUCAAGAAUUAUUAACGACACGUCGUUUAUCUGAACAACAAUUAUUAACAUUAAAUACAAAAAAUCAAGAAACAUUGAAUAAACUUGCAUUUGAAUUAGAUCGUACACGACGAUCUUUACAUGAACAUGAAAAAUUUACUAAUGGUCUUCUUUAUGAAAUGAUUCGACGAAGUGUUCAAAUGAAAGAUAAUGUUAAACGAGCACGUGAACAUCAAAGACAACGUGAAUCAUUAUCAAUGACAUUGCCUGGUUAUGAUACAGCGAUGAGUACAGCAAGUAAAAUAUUAAAUUUAACUCAAGAUGAUCUUGAUGAUAUUAUGUCAAUAACAGACGAUAGUUCUCAGGGCCAUGCAAAAGAUGAUAAUAACAUUAAUAAAAAUGAUAAAAUACGACAAAAAGUAUCAAAAUUACUUGUUUCACAAGAAGAAUUUGCUGGAAAACUUCUAAAAAUAUUCAGUAAAAAAUUAGAUGAAAUUCAAGAAGCUGAUCGAGAUUUAGGAAUGAUUCGAAAUAUAUGA